AUGGCAACCAAGAAACCUUCCAAUGCAAACGACGAAGAUCUUUUUGAUGGGAUGAUUAAUGUUGACAAGCCAGUUGAUCAACCCACGAUCAUGUCUUAUUUUCUCCAGCGGAUUCGUCUCGGAGAGAUUUGUCGAGAAAUCACUGAUCGGUUUCCCCUAUUCGAAACUGACUCCGGCAACCCGAAUUACGAACAGGUCAAGGACAUCGACAGAAUAAUAUGCGAAUUCAGUCAGGCAUUGCCGCCAUUCCUUCACUUGGAUUAUGACAUGAGUGAAAUGCCAGAGGCCGACUUCCGCAGAUCACCCAGCAUAAUCUUACAUCGAUACGUCAUUAGCUCCUUGCUACACACGCAGCGUUGCAGGCUGCAUUUACCUUACCUCUCUCGCGCGCAUCAGGGCUCAUACUCUUAUUCAAAAGAAGCCUGUCUCGAAGCUGCGCGGAUGGUUAUCCGCACUGAAGUCCAAAUAUCAUCCGAAGACAUCCCCUUUGUUCUGACAAGACUCAAAUUUGCGGGAAGCCUGCUUUGCGUAUGUAUGGCCAUCAUCGCACUGUUGAUGGACUUUUGCCACCAUAAGAGUCUUCAACCAGAUGAGGAUCAAGAGCGACGAUCCGAGAUUCAAGAUGCGCUACGAAUACUGGAAGAAGGCAAAAGCCAGUCCUUAUUCGCGGGAAAACUUCUCGACAUCUUCAACUCCAUCCUCCAACGCAACAAGGCUCCGCUCCCUUCCGAAGGAAGAUCGUCUAGAUCGAAGCAGAUUGAUAGAAAAACCGCCUCUGUAUCACUGGAUCCUGUUACAAUACCAGUGACAUCGCAAACAACUGACACAGAAGCAACACUCACCGACCCUGCGUCCCCUAUGCUUGAUGAUCUAGGACAGAUAUUUGAUGCCAGCGCGGAUCCGUCCUCUCUUAUUGAUUGGAACACACUUCUAUCUGAGCUGGAUGCUCCGUUUCUAUCCUAA